CCCGUUGUCAUGGUGACCCUUAACGCAACAGCCCCGCUUCAGUGAAAAUACAGCCGAUGUCCCGAUCAGAGAUUCACUUUGACGAAAUUCACAGAAAACUGGAACCAGAACCAAACAAGGGUCAGAACCGGAUCAGACCUGGAACUAAACUAGGGACCAGUUUGUCAGGAAAUGGAACUAUUGGAGCAUUCUGCUACUGGAUUUGAACCGGGUCAGAACCGGAUCUGAACUACGUUCAUCAAACUCAGUGACCGUUAUCGGCCAGCGGUUGCCAUGGCAGCAGGCGCCAUUUCAACUCCUCUCAUCAUCCCAAUCAGCGAGGGCGUGACCCGGAAACCCAAGACCCGCAUCGACACCAGGACGCCCGUCUGCAUCCAGUCAGACUCUCCAGGUGUGCUGAUCAUCUUCACUCUGGAUGGUUCAAAGCCGGUUGCCGGGCAACGGGGGUCAGAGGUUGGCAGCAGGAAGUACAUGGGUCCCGUCCUGCUUCCUGCGGGCCAGGUGACUGUCAGAGCCGUGGCCGUCGCCAGGGACGGGAGGCGCAGCUCCGUGGUCACCAAGGUGUUCUCCGUGGGUCAGGCAGAACCAGACCAGCAGGUCCAGUCUGAAGGAGGCUACGAUUCUGAUGAGCGGUCCGGUUCUGAUCCAACACCUGAAGGAACACCUGGACGCUCUGAGUGGAGGAAAGUCACCUGCAGUCCGGCUUCAGAACCGGGCCGGACCGGGUCCAGUCCUCCGCCGGUCUCCCUACCCUCCAGAUGCUCCAGAGGUGCCGGGAUUCCAGAUCCUGAUGCUGCCUGGACCAGCUCUUCCCGACGCUCCCGCUCUGCGGAUUCUCACCAUCCAGCGCCGCUGAGCUGCGAACCGCAAACCCAUCGGCCGAGAGACGCCGCUGCGCCGCGGUGUCCCCGCUGCCUCUGCGUCUGCCCUUCAGACCCGUUCGCUCGGUUCUGUUCUCAGUGUGGCGCUGUGAUUCCUCCGGUACCGACACUCAGGCCGCCCCCUGCUGGGAGAGGACAGGUACUGCACUCGUCCACAGUCCAGCUGCUGCCGGCUGGUCAGGACAGACGGACUGACCGUCUGUCUCAGCUGCUGCCGUGUCCUUCCUGUCGCUGCCUGGUUCCGAUCAACUCUCGGACCUGUUGGACCUGCGAGGCGUCCACAGAAGGGACCCGGGCCGGCUUCUCCCUGCAGGUCGAUCUGGGUGGAGGCGGCGCCCCCUCUGGUGGGCCAGCGGACGGCAGCAUGUGGUCCUGCUCCAGGUGCCGCCGUCUGAACCGCCAUGAUGCCAGAUUCUGUGACCGUUGUGGCACCAAGGCUGGCCAAGCCCCCUGCUGGGUGACGUGUUGGCGGUGUGGAGCAAGCGCACCGCUGGACGCCCCCCACUGUGCGGCGUGCGGCGUGUUCCUCCUGGCAAUGGCCCCGCCCACACCCUGCAGUGACAUCUCACCGCCUGAAGAGGACGCCGCCCACAGCCAGGCUCCGCCCCCACAGAGCCCCGCCUCCAGACGGGGUGUAGCUCCUCCCCCUGUGGAUCGGUCCACGCAGACCGUCGGACUCUAUUACCCAUCAGCCACUGAGCUGCAGCAGCGGGACCAGCAGAGGGCGCUGUGGCGCCGGCGGGAGGCGGCGAGGAGCGACCCCCGGCCGCCGCUCAGCGCCGUCAGCCCCGGUAGAGGUUACUGGAGGAACCAACUGGACCACGUCUGUUCUCACCUGAGGAGCUACACCCAGAACCGGGCCUCCUUCAGAACCCUGCUGGCAGAACCUCGACUGGGCCGGAUGGUGUCGGCGCUGGUCCAGCAGAACCAGGGGGAAGUGGUUCUGACGUUGAGCUUCUCGCUAGCAGCCAAUCAGAACCGGCAGCAGGUCGGACCUGACGGCGACCCCGACGGCCCGGCGGGUAGUUCUACGGUACCGGGUCGGGUCCAGACGCUGAGCAGUGUCACACAGCGCGCUACAGACGGAGCCGGAAGUCCAAGGAGGAAGCGGGAUGCCAACCUGGAACCGGACCUGUUGGUGAGCAGAGGAUCAGACGUCACCCGUCUGACCGGUGUCGGUCCAGCAGGGGGCGGACCGCCACGUCCUGGCGGUUACCAUGGUGAAUGGUCACCAUGACCUACUUCCUGUUUUAGUCCAGCCAGGAGCCGCCAGGACCUGAUGACCUCACACAGGUGGUGUGGGCGGAGCCACAGGUGUUACAGUGAAGGUGGAAACACCUGAUUCAUGAACCCUGACCACGCCCACAUUCUGACCACCCCCCCUUGAGUUUGUCAUGUGACUCAAGGCGUUCUCCUCUUCCUCAGAAUGAAGAACUUUGCAGCUCUGGGUUCUGAUUGGCUGCCCAUAGCCAAGUUCCUGCUCAGGUUCGACUCACCUGGCCUGAGUGCCCGCUGCUUCCUCUGACUGGACCGGGCCGGUCCAGAACACUAUACGCCUUCAGAGCUUCAGACUCCCUGGUUCUGCUUCAGACCCGUUACUGUGACGUAUUGAGGCAGCCAUCUUGGAUUGCUAUGGUGACGGCCGCCCUCGAUCAGACCAAUCAGAACCUACAGAUGGAAUGUGAUGGAAUAUU